CCCUAGAUCUCGCAACUGCGGCUGCGGGGCGGCGUCAAGGAAAGAAGGAGAGGGAGAACACUGCUUUUGGAGAUGGAGGUGAUAGGAGAAGCCAAAGAGGGUAGCGGCGGAGAAUCCGCGGAGUGCUACCGUAAGGAGGCCAAAUCCUCCUCUGGGAUCGAAGGACAACAAUCUGGGAUCGAAGACGGUUCAGCCACGCCGGAGCAGAUCUCGGAGAACGAAGACGACAACUCAACGGAUGGGGAGCUGUUCCUGCCCGAGUACUUAACGGAUGAGGAGAUCAUGCAAGAGUACCGUAUAGGCUGGGAAUGCAGGUGCUAUGGCAAGUUCGGUAACUUCGAAGAUGAGACGACGAUCAAGAACAUGCUGACCACAUACAAAACCAUCCCACAUGCUUUGGUCUCCCGCAACUUGCAAGUCUACUCCAUCGAAGUCGAGAAGCCGAAACUCGGGUGACCACUUCGUGUCUAUGGCAUGGUUGCUGCCCGAGACCAUGUGGAUUAUAAUCGCAACUUUCUCUUCAAUCGCACGAGCGAUAACUGCCAAAUCAUUACUGCAGAUGAGCCCUACUUGACGCCGACUGGCCCCUCUCGUGCAAUUCUGUCCCUUGAACCUGUGGACUUUGAAGUUGAUCUUAAGUUCAAGAGAGAGUUUAAAGAUGGAAAAGCAUUGAUCAACCAAGUCCUCCGAUACCAACGGAGCCCUGGUCCUUUUGGUACAAUCUUGGACAACAACCUUUGCACCAUAAGAUUUCAUUGUAAGCAGCUUGGGGAAGCGGUCGAGGCCACUAUCCUGAGUGUGCAAAUUAUUCAUGGGUCAUGGCCUAGUCAAUUUGCAGGGAAUUUUUUUAGCAAAGGUGCCUCUCCCCUUGAAGAAUUUGUGUUGCUUGAUUUUUCAGAUGGAGAUAAUCCGCCGGUGGAUCAAGAUGGUAACAUUCAUCUGUCAAGGCGUGUUGUUUCUGUAGAUGUGAACCAAGACUUCAAAGUUUCUGUACAGGCCUACUCUGCAUGUGGUGGUAGCUUGAAAAUACCCAUUGCAACAGGUGAUGCUGUGUUCGAACCCAAAAAAGACGGCGGCGUAACAGAGAAAGAAUGUGACAUUGGUGCUAGCUGCAGGGUCAAGAUUAAAGUGGCUUGGUCUCUACUUAUUUGGUCCAAGCUUCUACUCCAGGGUUAACAUUAAAGUGGCCUGGUCUCUACUUAUUUGGUCCAAGCUUCUACUCCAGGGUUAACAUUAAAGUGGCUUGGUCUACUCCAUUCAGAAAUAUCCUUCCUUCCUUCCUCUAAUGAAACCAAAGGUGUCAUAUGUUCUGGCUGGCUGGAAGAAGAAUAUGCAGUCUUUCCUGUGGUCUAUUAACUUGUUCAGCUAUCUGUAAUGCCAUGAGCUGGUUGUUAUGCGAGAUUAUCUUGGACCCCGAAGUCAUGUCUUGUGAAACUAAUUUAAAUUGUGUCAUGUGAGA